AUGCCGCUCUGUCUCACCUUCAUCGACUUGAAGAAGGCCUUCGACUUGGUUGAGAUGGAAGCGGUCAUGGAAACCUUGGACAACAAAGGCGUUUCUACUCAAUACGUAGAGGUGCUUCGAGAGUUGUACAGCAACUUCAUGACCGCAACUUCCCCAUUCUCCAAAAUAUCAUCAUCGUCGUGGAGAGGGGUCCGUCAGGGUGAUGCAAUCUCACCUAAAAUAUUCACAGCCACUCUCGAGAACGCAAUGCGAAAGUUGGAAUGGGACUACAUGGGAGAGAAGGUCGAUGGUCGGCAGGUACACCAUUUGCGCUUUGCUGAUGACAUCGUACUGAUCACACCUAGCAUCAGCCAAGCGGAACGAACGCUGAUCGAAUUCGACGAAACAUGUGGAUGCAUCGGUCUUCAGCUGAAUUUGGAAAAGAUGAUACUCAUGCGUAACGUAUACUCCAUUCAUGCUCAACGGAAGGAACAUAUCCGAAUGCAAUAG